AUGUUCAUCUCAACAACACUAUUUGCUGCGCUGCUGGCUGGCCACUUCGCAUUCGCAUAUCCACUUUCAGCCCGCCACGAAGCCGAAAAUGACAGUGCCGACAACAUCGUCACAGUAACUCACGUUGUGAGCCUGACCACAUAUGUGAAUCCUACUACCAAGUCUAUCAGGCCUACUAGUACGUUGACCAAGACUCUAUACACCACCGUUCAGCCCAAAUCGGGUUCCACGAGUGCAUCGGCCAGUGCUGAUGUGAACCCCAUCAACGGUCUUCCAGUACCACCCGCGCCGUCUUCUACUUCGACGACUUCAGUCUCUGUGGACCCGCCAGCACCCAUAACGUGGUUUGGCCCUGGUCCUGAGCCACCAAAUCCUACGGCGAAGCCAUCCAUGUAUCAGACAAAACCCGUUACGACAAGCUCUAGUAGCACGACUAGUGAGGCGGCUCAGCCCAGCUCGAGCGCGAAGAAGAGCAGCUCAACUCCAUUUGAAACAGCCCCCUCUGAGACACCCGUGCUGUCCACUACCAAGACUUUCGAGUACCCCUAUCCUACUAAGGAGCCGAAGACCUCUGCAGCCACAAAGGCAACGUCAAGCUCUUCCGGGACAUGGGAGUAUCCUUAUCCAACCAAGGAGUCGAAGACCAAGUCAGCGGACGAUGCGAAAAACACCAAUUGUGUCUACCCGUAUCCCGGAUGUGAUGAGUAA